CUUGAUAAACUGUAUAAGCCGAGAGCUGUAAUUUUAGGGCCUCUGAAGUUCAGUCUUCUUAUGGUUCCAAACUAGAAAUGUAUAGUCACAACACCGAUGAAGAUGGAGAAACACAAAUACAAUUUGCAGGAAAAUUACUGUCCCCCUGCUUCUGCAUUGUUUCUGCCCUUAGCCGAUUUUGGUGACUGCCAGUUCAUGUGUGCUCUACGAGUGCUAUGUGUGUAUUUUAAUUGUUGGGAAAUCUAGAGAAAAACUAGGGUGAUGGGAUAGGGUUAAAGGCUAAAAUGCUCAGACAGCCAAGGUGGUUGCCUAGGAGAAUUAGAAGGGACCACAGGGAUUGUGCUGUUUUUAUUUUCAACACUUGCUCAUAUUUUUCAUUGCUAUUACCCUGAACAUCAAAAACCAAAUCCGUCAGCACAGGACAGUAGAACGGUCCAGUUGAUUUUCAAAUACCAUGGACUGAAGGUGUUUGGGCCGGGCUUGUACUGUGCUUGGUACUAAGGAAUGGGGCUGUUGAACAAGAAAAAUAUGCAAAACAACAUAAAAGUGGGAGAGAUCGAUGGAAAAACAAAUCUCUUACGGGACGCUGGCUCCAACUCAUCGAUACCUGCUGUCGGGAGCCACUGAGGUCCUUCCCGGGGGAGGGGAAGAGCGACCCCGGCCACUGCUAGCGCCUGCGCACUGGCGACGACCUGCGGGCGGAAGCACCGGGAUCUAGACACUUUCGCACUCCGUGAGAACGGCCCGAUUAAAUAUUUCUGUAUUCUGUUGCUGCUGAACCUAUGCCGCGGUGAAAACCCCCGAAUCCCCGAGUGUUGGGAUUGUUAGCUGUCUCCCCGCUCCGCAGGCACCGCCCAAGACAGCCCCCAGUGAGCGUUGCGAAAGCUCGGGGUCCUGGGUUUCUAUGACAACACGCAGGCGUUCCGGGAAAGGGCGAAGCGACCAGAUGUCUGGCGGGAAACACAAUUCACAGGACAGUGUGGCAAACCUGCCAAAUCCCAGGACGCCGAGGAUUUGUUUCUAAGUUAGCUUUUUGGAGGGACGUUCCAAAUUACUAAAGAAAGUGGUAGGAGGCAUUGUUGAUUAUGUCUCUUCCAAAAACGCCCUCCACAUUGCUAACCUCCGUGUCAACGGCAGAGGGCAAAAAAUUAAAAGUCUCUGCAUCCAAGGAAGAGACAGGACUGCCUGAACUAAAGGAGAAAAAAACUAUGGUGGAUCGUUCAAAACCCCUUCCUUCAUCCCUUCAGAAUGAGUUCAUCCCUGAGGAAGUUCUUCUUUCUCUGGCCUCUGCAGCCAAUGCUGGUCCUUGUCCUGAAAACUUCCUGCCUCCUAAGAAGACUAAAACCCCAAAGGGCACUCUUCCGCGUCCGACUGACCAAGUCUGGCAUCACCCUAUUCGAAGAACUAAGUUCAAGUACCUGAUUGACCAUCCCGUUUCCCUAACGGGUGCUGGAAGGGAUAUUUCUUUUCUGUAUGAUGUUAAAUAUGUUAAAGGAGAGACUAGGGAGAGUUCGCUUUGUCCCCCACGUUUGGACCGUUCAUUACAGUCAAAUGAUGGUGUCAUUGUGCCUCAUAAGCCAAAGAAACUAACAGACACUUUGAUUCCUGAAGAAUUUCAUAUUGUGUCAAAUACAGGAGUUUCAGGUUUGGAGUGUUAUGAUGACAAAUAUACUACUCUCCUCACAGAUCAUGAAAACAGGCUAUUGCUCUUCCCAUCCAUGAAACCUAAUAAAAGAGUAGAAGUUGUCCAACUGAAUGAUGUGAUGGACGCCAUGCUAGAGAGGGCUGGUGUGGAGAAUCAGGAAUACACAGGGCCAACCAAGAUGCACAAACUACUGCAUAUGCUGAAGAAGGAACAGACUAUUUACAAUACAGUAUUUCAUGAACUUAUUCGACAAGUCAGUGUGGACUGUGCAGAUAGGGGAGAACUACUGUCCAAAAUCAGAGAGCGGUAUGUACAAAUGCUUGACCAAAUUGCCCGGCAGAUGAUUGACUUCUACAAAGACAUGGUAACUCAGCGAAUAAUGGACCAGCGCAUUUUGGAAGAAUUGUACAAUUUUAAGAAUGUUACUGAAGAACUGACCAGGGAGCUGUGUCUGGUUCGGGCACAUGAUAUGAAAUUAACAAAGGAAGCAGAGAAGGCCCACAGGGAUUUGGCACAAGCUCUCUUAGAUGCUGAAAAGAAUGCUAAGAUUGUAGAAGAAUACCAUGACUUAUACACAUUGCAAAGAGGAAGGAUGGAGUGUGAUAUUAAACAGUUAAUGUCAGAAAGAGAUGUCUGGAGCUCAGCCACAUAUGAAUUGGCCCUAAAGGUAAUUGAAAGAAAUAGAGUUGUGUUGGCUAAAAGACUUUACCUCAAUGAAAAAGGCUGGAAUAAAUAUGCUAAGCAUUUCAUCAUACUGCUGUCAGCCAAGGACACUGCAGACCUUGCACUGUUGCAGAAAUUGACACAGAAAUGGAGAAACUUAAUGAAUAAAUUUAAAAAUGAAGUGGAACAAAAUGAAGAAUCUAUAAGGGAGAGAUUACAAAUUGUUAAGGAUGGCCUUACCAAAUGGCAGCAGUUUUUCAGAAAUAAUAGUGAAAAAGACAUUUUAUCUCCUGAUAAAGAAAAUAUAUUUGAAUCAGUUAUUCCAGAUUUCAAGCAGUGGCAAAAGAUGCUGAAUGAAGAUAAAGAAAAGUUUACUGGAGAUUGUCUGGUGUCGAAAUAUGAUUCUCUCAAGAUUAUUAAACAUUUACAGGAAAACUGGACAGAUAUUGGGUUUGGGAUAUUUGGUCGCCAUAAAAGUAUGGAGGGGGAGCUGCCACCAGAGCAACAGCACAUGAAGGAAAUUGUGAAAACCAUUGGAAGACUCUACAAAGAAUUUGAAAUAAGAAUAAAUGGGGAUAAUGGUAUCUCUAAAAUUCUUUCAAGUUUGAUUAGUUCUCUUGAAUUCUGUUCUUUCAAGAUGGAAAGUGUCCUGGAGUUUCCUGAAAUGCAUCUUAAAGAAUACGAGGAACUUAAUGAAAAAAUUAAUGAAAUAAUAUCUCAGUUGGAUGCCUCAUUAAACAUUGUUGGUACCAUCCCUCCGUAUAUAGACACGGAUUCUGGCUCGGUGCUUCAAGCACAAAUAUUUAACAUGAUUCAACAAUGGCUUUUGAAGAUAGGCAAUGAGAUUAACAAUGGUAACAUUGAACUUCAGCACCAGAUGGAUGAGUUGCAUAUAUCUAUGAUCCAGUGGAUGGUAAGCUUGCUGAUUUUAAUGGUGCCUGACUUUACUGACCAAGACACUCUCCCAAAGUUGGAAAAGGAAAGUGCUGAGAAACAUGAUGUAAGAGUUGCAAAGUUAGAGCUGGACGCAAUCGCACUGGCCAGAAAGUUGUCGCAAUACUCGAGCUAUUUGAACAGUUGUUGCAAAGGGAUGGUAACAGCUAUGGCUCUGAAUAAAGCAGGUCACUUAGAAAAAAAUCCCACUAAGGAUCUUCAUGAACUGAAUGAGAUGAAGAGAGAAUGUCAUGAGUGGAUCACCACAUGUUCUCACCUCCUUUCUGGGCUUAAAGGCAGAAUAAUAAAGUUACUCACACCGGAAGAAAAGGAGUACCUGUUUGGAGAAGAGGAUUUUGUAAAAGAAUUAAUUGAGCCUGAAACAGACAGGCUUUUUAGAGAAGGUGAAGGAGAAAGUAUGGAGGAUAAGAAACUUGAGAAGGAAAAGGAAGAAGAGAAAGAAGAGAAGCCUUCAACAUCCAGAGAAGAGGAAAGACUCAUUCGAAUAAUUGAAAAAGAUGAAAACGUUCAUACCAAACCUCUAUUUGAAACCGAUGUAUUCUCUUCCUGGAGAGAAUCAGCUAGUCAAGGCACACUGGCCCCAAAGUAUCUUGAAGCAAUGGCUAUAAUUGAACGCACACAGGAGAAGCUGAUUUGGUUGGGUAUCUCCAAGUCUUCUGCUAAUGGCAAUGAAGUACACUGCUUCCACAGGAACAUCCGUCCUCGCCCACGGUGGAGAUGGAGGGAGGGAACGUGUGUGUACGUGGGGAAUAGGGUGUUAGGAGGGUCUAUUCAGUGUGUUUCUAAGAGACGAGCUAGAGACGGAGCUGGGAGAAAUACUCUGCAAGAAAGAAUGCUACAUAACCCCAAGAGUAGGAAGGGCGAUAUAGUCAAGAUGGUUGUGAGUACCAAGAGAAGAGCACAGCCAUGUAGACAUAUAACACGCACUCUAGGAAUUAAGAAGCACGUUUCAAAUUGGCUUUAUUUUUUGUCAGAUCUGGUUUUAGAGGUUCUGGAAAAGAAAGGACACUAUUGAUUUAGUAUGGUGGAUCACAUCAAUGAAGAGGAGCCAAAAUUAGCUACUGAAAAAGGGGUUCCUUGGCUAUUGAUGGGAAAUCCAAAUACCCAAAGUCAGAUUUCACUAAGAAAUUAUAAGUAUGUUGCAUCCUUUUUUUUAAAGUUUUAUUUUAUUUUUUGAGAGACAGAGAGAGACAGAGCAUGAGCAGGGGAGGGGCAGAGAGAGAGG